AAGAGGAAUUUGUAACUUCGCCUUGUAAGUUGUGUUAUGCCACAUACAAAUAGAAUUGAUCAAAUGAGCGAUGAGAAAUUAGCUGAAAUGUUGUACAAAAGCUUAAAGGGUCGAACGUAUUUCAUUGUGAUGGAUGAUAUAUGGGAUACUAGGGCUUGGCUUGAUUUGAAAAUUUGUUUUCCAAAUGACAACAAUGGAAGUAGAAUUAUGUUCACUAGCCGACAUGAAGACGUGGCUUUGCAGGCCAAACCCUAUAACCCACCUCUUUGGCUUCGAUUUUUAACUCAUAACGAAAGUUGGGAUCUGUUUCAACACAAGGUGUUUGGGAAAAGAAAAAAUUGCCCUCCAGAGCUUGUGGAGAUCGGAAAGCAAAUAGCCAACAAGUGUCAGGGACUACCUUUGUCGAUUGUUGUGGUAGCUGGAAUUUUUAUUAAUGAAGAGAAGAGCCAAGACCGAUGGAAGCAAGUAGGAGAAACCUUAAAAUCAAGUUUGGCUGCCAAUCCACAAGCAUGUAUGAAAACACUAGCGUUGAGUUACAUUCACUUACCUGGGCACUUGAAACCGUGCUUUCUCUAUUUUGGUGCAUUUCCAGAGGACUUCCAAAUUCCCGUGUGGAAGUUGAUUUGGUUAUGGAUUGCUGAGGGAUUUAUACAAAAGAUUGGGGAGAAAAGCUUAGAAGAUGUAGCCGAGGAAUACUUGAUGGAUUUAAUUGCUAGAAGUCUGGUAUUAGUUACUAGAAGAGCAUAUGACAGUGGAAUCAAAGAAUGCAGUAUCCAUGAUUUAUUGCGUGAUUUUUGCCUCAGAAAAUCAGAGGAAGAGUAUUUUCUCCAGCGAAUUUCAGGUAAUCAUCCUGCUUCCUCUUCUUCCUAUUUUGGGAAGUGGGUUAAAAGCCACUUCCCCGCGUUUAACCCACUUCCUCUCUCACAAAAAAGAACCAAAAAGCCAGCUUUUAACCAUUUUCCCAAAACACCCCAAUCAAAGCAUUUUUCGGAUAUGAGUCAUUUAUCCAUUUGUGAUUCAGUAAACCUGUCAGAUGUAACUUCUGUAAUCACUUCUGCUGCAAAAACCCGCUCUUUUUUGUACUUUAGAUCUGGAUGUACUCCAUGGAACUCUGAUUUCUUUCCUCCUAAUUUCUCUCCUCCAUGGUUCAAACUUCUUAAGGUGUUGGAUAUGGGUUCUGUAGAUUUUACUACCUACCCCGGUGAGAUAGAACAACUUAUUCUCUUGAGGUACUUGGCACUUUCUUUGCUCUCAUCAUGUUCACAAACUUACCUCCCAAAUUCAAUAACUAACCUCUGUAAUUUAGAAACCCUGAUUCUCAGUACACAUACUCUAGUUCCAUGUGCUAAGCAUUUAAUGAAUCUGUCUUUAACUAGACAAGAGAUGCAUAAAUUUCUUGGUACACAUUCGUCUGUAACUCUACCAUAUGGUAUUAGGAAGAUGGUAAAGUUGAGGCAUAUCCGUCUUACUGGAGAAGGGAUAAAUAAAAUUGGAAUGCAAUAUCCCCAUGAUCAAUAUCCCUUCUUGUUGGAUAACCUACAAACUCUUUCAUGGGUCGAUCCAUGGUCUUGCCGGGAUUUGUUGUUUGGGACUCCAAAUAUCAGAAAGUUGGGAUUUCGUGGGCAAUUGAUAGAUGGGGGAUGUUUGUCAUUUCCUCAUUUAACCUUCCUAAAUCAUCUCCAAGAGUUGAAAUUGUUUAAUACAGGCCAUAACUGCUCUUCAAAUAGUCUCAAGAGCAUUCAGUUUCCCCCAAAUCUUAAAAAGCUAACUUUGAAGAAAACCAAUCUAAAGUGGGAUGCGAUGUCAACACUUGUCAAGUUACUACCCAACCUUGAGGUUCUCAAAUUAUUACUUCAUGCCUGCACCGGACAACAUUGGGAAACAAGUGAUGGGGAGUUCCCACAACUCAAAUUGUUAAAAUUGGAAUCCCUGGAAAUUAUGCAGUGGGAUGUUUCCAGUAAUCAUUUUCCCACCCUUCAGCGAUUACAGUUGGUUAAUUGUCAUGGUCUUGAGAAUAUCCCAUCUGAAAUAGGGGAUAUACCCACACUACAGGUGAUUGAGGUGCAUCAGUGCAAUCCUUGUCUUGUAAAUUCUGCCAGGGAAAUUAAGGAAGAGCAGGAGAGUAUGGGAAACAAUUGGCUGCAGAUUUUGAUUCGCACAACCAAUCUUGAAGAUGAGUAAAGCUUCUUGAGAUAUUUCUGAACAGACCAUCUAGUUUUGUAUAAAAUAAGACCCAAGACAGCACCAGAGCAACAACAGAACAACAACAACACAGGAGGCAGGGUGGUCGAUCGGCCGGACGACCAGACGGCCGGUUAAGCAAUCAACAUUUUUCUUCUUCUCAUGGGACAUCCUAGGGGACAUCUUGGGGGAUGACCCCAGCUUUGCUCCAGUUUAGAGAGAGACCUGAUGAACUUUCAAGAUUGUGAGAAUGAAAUUUGUGUGAUGGCUCUGGUAAGUGUUGACAGCAAUGGUAGUAUGAGAGAUAGUGUUCUUGUUGGCAGGAGAAAGAAGCACGGGAAAGAAAAUAUAAUAAAAAAUUGAUUACUUGUGAACAGUUCCUCGCUUCAUCAGAGGAGGAACUGUAACUUUGUCAAAAUGAAUGAAGCCCAUAGUAACUCUGAU